AUGAGGUCCAUUUCAUUACGUCCACUCCGCCGAGCGCUGGCGCCGUCCGUGUCGACCCAGCUCCCCCUUGCCGUCUCUCGGCUUUACUCGACGCACCCGCCCAAUGCGAAGCUCAACGUCCCCGUCGACUACGCGACGACCUCUCUCCUCGCGCACUCGUCUCAGGCGGCCCUCAGCACGGCCGAGCUCCCAGCCGAGGUGCGCAAUGGCACGACGAAGAAGAUGAACCUGUUCCAGGCCAUCAAUGACGCCCUGUCGAUUGCGCUGGCCGAAGACGACUCCGUCAUGGUGUUUGGAGAGGACGUUGCCUUUGGCGGCGUGUUCCGGUGCACAAUGAAGCUCGCCGAGACGUACGGCGCGGACCGCAUCUUCAAUACGCCCCUGACGGAGCAGGGCAUCAUGGGCUUCGCCAUCGGUGUGGCAGCGGAGGGCAUGCGGCCAGUAGCAGAGAUCCAGUUUGCCGACUACGUAUACCCGGCAUUCGACCAGCUCGUCAAUGAAGCGGCUAAGUUCCGAUACAGAGACGGUGCUUGCGGUCGCAGCGUGGGCGGUCUCACGGUCCGGAUGCCUUGCGGCGGCGUCGGCCACGGCGCCCUCUACCACUCCCAGUCCCCUGAGAGCUUGUUCACGCACAUCCCUGGACUGCGAGUGAUCAUGCCGAGGUCACCCCUCCAGGCCAAGGGUCUCUUGUUGUCAGCCAUUCGUAGCAACGAUCCGUGCAUCUUCAUGGAGCCCAAGAUACUCUACCGGGCCGCUGUCGAGCAAGUGCCCGCAGGGGCGUACACUCUGCCGCUGUCCAAGGCGGAGGUUCUCAAGGAUGGCAAGGACGUGACGAUUGUGUCCUACGGCCAACCACUGUACACGUGCAUGUCGGCUAUCCAAAAGGCCGAAGAGGAGCUGGGCAUCUCCGUGGAGCUCAUCGACCUCAGGACGCUGUACCCGUGGGACAAGGAGUGCGUCUUUGAGAGCGUCCGCAAGACGGGCCACUGUAUCGUGGUGCACGAGGCGAUGGUCAAUGCCGGCGUCGGCGCGGAGGUAGCUGCAGCCAUCCAAGAGGACCCGGAUACGUUCCUGCGACUGGAGGCGCCAGUUGCGAGGGUUGCGGGAUGGAGCAUUCAUACGCCGUUGUUGUAUGAGAAGUUCAACAUUCCGGAUGUUGCGAGGGUUUAUGACAAUAUUAAGCGGGUGUUGGACUACUGA